AUGCUAUUCCCGGCCAAUAAUGUUAUGACAUGUGGAAGUGUUAUCACGCGUGUUACAACGUUAUUGGCCGGGGAUAGCUUCAUAGAAGUCUUUCUCCAAGUGCAAAGUGAAGAGCUGAGUUUAAUUGUUGCUUUACUGAUUGGAGCUUUUGUAUAUGGUGGGCUUGGUUUGCGUUUAGCAUGCUGUGCACAGGGUUGUGCAUACUGCUGCUUGAUGAUGGUCCAAUUCCACUGGAUCUACUCAUGCAUCUACAGAGAGAAAUUGCGUACGAAAUUUGGCUUACCAGACAAACCUUGUUGUGAUUGUGGUGUUCAUUUCUUCUGUGACUCAUGCGCCCUUUGCCAAGAGCAUGCCGAGCUCAAAAUUAGAGGCUUGGAUCCAUCCAAAGGUUGGACUGGGCCACCAAAUGCUGCUCCAAAGGCUUUCUCCAUGUUUAGAUAG